AUGAGCUGGAAGCACUUCGCAAAGGACCUGUACGAUGAGCACAUUGAACAGCUAUGCAUUCGUUCGGAUUGCGAACGAAUGACAAGCGAAGCAGAUGAGUUGAAACAACUCUUCGCUGGAAGCCCCACUGAGAGUUAUGAUACUCUCACUGGCAAGACGGAGCAUGAACCCUUCGACGAGCAGAUUUGCAAGAUUAUGCGAGAGCACAUGGAUGUGCUCUCGGACGAGAUUACCGCGGAAGAUUAA